CGCGCCCCUGCUUUCGCCCCCGCCGUGGUUCAUUAAUAUUAAUGAGGUCCCGCCCAAUCAGGUGGUGCAGCGGCGGCAGCGCUUUGGUGACGUGUCGCCCCUCCUUGCGGCGGGGUUCAUCUGCAUAUUCAUAAGAUAGGCGGGAUGAGGCGCGGGCGUUUAUAAGGCGCCGCCCCGCCAGGCUCGCCGUACAUUUCGCUGAAGCUUUGAAGUGUUGUGUGGACCUCGCGCCGCCCGGCUAUCGGUCAGAAUGGCAUCAGAUGAGGGAAAGCUCUUUGUCGGCGGGCUCAGUUUCGACACCAAUGAGCAGUCAUUGGAGCAAGUCUUCUCUAAAUACGGACAGAUUUCUGAAGUCGUGGUGGUGAAAGACAGAGAGACUCAGAGAUCCAGAGGUUUUGGCUUUGUUACUUUUGAAAAUAUCGAUGAUGCAAAAGAUGCAAUGAUGGCCAUGAAUGGAAAGUCUGUAGAUGGGCGUCAGAUCCGAGUUGACCAGGCUGGCAAGUCCUCAGAGAACAGAUCCCGUGGCUACAGAGGGGGGUCCGCGGGGGGCCGGGGCUUCUUCCGCGGGGGCCGAGGCCGGGGCCGUGGCUUCUCCAGAGGAGGUGGAGACAGAGGCUAUGGCGGCAGCAGAUUCGAUUCCAGAAGUGGAGGCUAUAACGGCUCCAGAGACUACUAUAAUAGCAGGAGUCAAGGUGGCUAUGGAGACAGGAACUCAGGAGGCUCCUACAGAGACAGCUACGACAGUUAUGGUAAGUCCUGCUUCGAGCGGGAGCGCUGAGUCCGUGUGCUGUAGGAGCUCUGAACCUGCUGAGCCUGAGCCUGCAGCUGGGGCAGGCUCAGGCUGUGGACGUGGUGGUGCCGGGAGAUUCUAAUUUAAUGCAUGUGCAGGAGUUGCUCGGAUCUCAGGCAAAGCAAGUGUUUAAAAAAAAAAAAAAGGUGUUCCUGGAGCCCAAACUCGGCUGCCCUAACGCACUGACCCGCGGGUGGGGGAUCUCAGUAGCCAAGUAGCCGUAGCCUUGGAAUAAUGCAAAGGGAGUAAAAUGCUGGAACUUGUCUUUGCUUCAGUGCCUUUACAAUUGUGCCUGCUUCUUGUCCUCAGCUACACACAACGAGUAAAAAUCCUUCCUGACUCAAGAUCGUCCUUCCAAUGGCUGUAUUUAUAAAGAUUUUUGGAGCUUCGCUGAAAUGGUUAUUGUGUAGUACAUCUACUUCUAUUUUCACUUUUGUAGUAUUAUCAGUUCUGAUCUUGUCAUACACAGCCUGGCAGCUUCUGAGACAAGACUGUCUGAUUAGACUGUCUUGGAGAAAGCUCUGCUUUCAAGUGGUUUUAAUCUUUUUGAAAGCACUUCAGAUUUUAUUUUAUCCUCCAUGAAUGAGCCAAGGUGUUCGUUUUUGGUUGUUUUUUUUUUUAAGUUGGGGCCCCAAUUCAGUUUCUUUUGAGCUAGCAAGGACCUUGUACCAAUGUUCACUAGAAGCUGAACAAGCUGUGGACUUUUUUUCUUCUUUUAUUUUUUUUUUCAAGUGCAUUACCUUCGUCUUUUGUAACAUUCCUUUAGUGUAGCAAGGUAGGAAUGCAGCUUGGGUUCCGUUGGAAGGCAAACCACCUUGAUAUAUCUAAAGAGAAACGUGCUUGUAUGUUCAACCCGCAUAACGGUAUUUUUACUGUUGUAAUGAUGUAAAUGACCCAGAACUAGACUUGCAAACUUACCAUAAAGAGGUUCUUGAAAAUGUUUAUUUAUAUUGUCCUUUUUUACUGGAAGAAAUAUGCAUAUUCCAUUGCUGUUGUAUUUGAAGUGGUAAAGGAUUCCUGUAUACAGUUUUCUUUGGCUUUACGAAGCCUAUUAAAAGACCGUCUGAAAUGAACUCUGCUCCUGACAUUUACAUUUCAUUGCACAACACAACCCUUGGAGACGAAGAACAGUCUUGGGAGCGAGAGGAGGAGAUUAGGGACAGUGGCAGAGCUGGCCGGACGAUUGCCCGGGCGCUGGAAUUUAAAUCCUAAAAUCGGUCUUGACAUCUGAAUUGGCCAAGAAAUUUCACAUAAAGUAGUCAAAACUUGUCUGUAGAGGCUGGAAGUACAAACCUGAGGGCGUGCUAGGAGCGAAGUGCAGUUGGAGUGUUAGGAAGGCUAAAGGAUGUUUGCUCCAAAGCUGCUGUAGGCUACACUGGGAAGCUGUAGAGAAGAGCCAAGUGCUGUAGUCCCUGGGCUGUUCCCUGCGUGCCGAGCGCGUGUGCGAUGUAGGGGAAUGCCGGGCUUAGCUUAGCUGUGUCAUUGCUUACAAGUUCUAAGAAUUCUUUGCUAGCAAAUGGAAACUGCAGUGUCCUUGGAGAAAAGAAGUGUUGUGCCUCCAACAGAAACCUCUGAGACGAGAGCUGCUCUCUUGGCUAGUUCAUAUGUGGAAAUAGUCCUGUAAUUCGAGGUAACUCCUUUUGCUCAUGUCCGCAUCCUUCCUCUUGUUGAGAGCUCAUUUGAAAGUCUAAUGUACCUGUGAAAUAUUCCUUUUGACAAUUUUGGUCAGCUGCUGGAAAAACGUUAACCCAUGCCGUAUGCAACCUUUGGCUUGUGGCACACCUUGAGUUCCACAGAUCAGAGUUGGGCAUGCAGCCGUGUCUUGCUGUAGGUACGGAAGCAAGAUUGGAACGAACUCCCUGACUCGAUAUGUGUUCAUCUAUUGAGACUCUUCCUAGACUUCAUUAAGUUGCUCACUUUAAUUGUAGCUUUCUUUGCCAUCCUACUUGUUGCCAUUAACUUUUUCCCAUGGCCCACACUUCCUAAGCAGCCAUGUCCAAGUGUUAACUCUCUGCUUAGGGGAUCCAAUCCAUGGCUGGCUGAGCACGGGCAGCAGCCGGCCCAGAACAGUUUUCCCAGACUGUGCUUUGUGGUGUGAUGGGUUCAGCGAUGGCUUGUGAGACCCUCGUGCGCUGUGAGCUGUGUGGGGAGGUUGGGGGCAAGAGCAGCCUCUGCCCUGGGCUCUUGUUAAUGCCUCUCUGCUUUAGCAGGCUGAAGGGACCCGGCACACGCCUCGGAGGCCCAGCGGAUCCUGAGCGACCAGAGCUGCGUUCCAGGGGUGCUGCAGCAAGUUUGCCAGCCAGCACUGAGACACGGCAGAGAAGACAGAAGGACAGACACUGGAGUGUGGAGAUGAAGAACUCAGAGCAGUGGUGUUGCUCAUUUUUACAUGAACCAAACCAGUCAAGACAGAAUAAAACACUGAAAUGUGGAAAAAACAAA